AUGAAAAAAGGACUCGAGAACAUAUGGGCGAGGGAUGAGCAAAUAUUCGUGACUGAUGUGGAAAACAGCUUCUUCUUGGUAAGGUUUACUAAAGAGAAAGAUAUGGAAUUUGCUCUUACUGCAGGACCUUGGGUCUUGUUUGAUCAUUACUUAGCAAUCAGAUUGUGGGAGCCUGACUUCCAGUCUUAUUUUGCUUCGAUCAAUCAGAUUACGGCUUGGGUUCGGCUGCCUAGUUUUCCAGUGGAGUAUGUAAACACAGGAUUGCUCAAGACGGUUGGUAAUUGGUUAGGAAAAUUUGUGAGGAUGGAUGCUGCUACAACUUGCUUAGCUAGGGGAAAAGUUACAAGAAUAUGUGUUGAAUUAGAUUUGAGUAAACCACUUCAGGCAGAAUACAAAAUUGAAGUGAGGCUGAAAAUGUUGAGUAUGAAGGGCUACCUCUACUGCUUAUCAAAGGCAACACAUCUUAGUUCUUCUCUACAGGACACAAAUAUGAGCCAGCGAGAGGGAGAAUCAAUUAUCAAUGAUUCCAAUAAUCAAGAAAAUAAAGAAGAUGAGAGGUAUGGUCCUAGGAUGUUGGUUAAUAAGCAAAAAGGAAAUAGCAAAAGUGGGCCAUCUCAAGUUGGUAAAAAAGAGGGUUCUUCUUCUUUGAUCAAUCACAAAGUAGGGAAAACAACUGAAUCGAGAUUUAGUGUCUUAAAUCAAGAGGAAAGAACUGAACAUUGA